AUUAUUGAAGGAAGGAGGAGAAAAUGAGUAAGAAUGACGAGAGAGUGCGAAAGGGGGUUUAUUGCCAAAUGAAGAAGGCUCACGAGACACGCAUGGGGUCACCCACAUGCUAUCCCUCCUUCUUCUCUCUCCGCUGGUGACUCAUGUCCUUCGCCGGAAACUCUAUCUGUCACUUCUACGCCGCCGGCGAACACCCUUCUCGAAAUCUCACCCAACGUUUGCAACCCAAUUUCCCUUUCUCCUUUCUCUUCUCAAUUCCCCAUCUGGGUAUCCCUGUUUCCCUCAAAGUUCUCUUCUUUUUCGUGAUUCAGUGAUACCCUUUGCUUAGAACAAUGAGAACAGGGAAAGGGAACCAGGAAGAGGAUGAGUACGAGGAAGAAGACUUCGGUUCUUCCAAAAAACAAGGCACUUCCUCUGCCUCUAACACCAACAAAGCAGAUGGAAAAGCUAUUGACAAAGCUAGUGCGAUAAGAUCGAAACAUUCUGUGACUGAGCAGCGGAGAAGGAGCAAGAUAAAUGAAAGAUUCCAGAUAUUGAGGGAUCUCAUACCUCACAGUGAUCAAAAGAGGGACACAGCAUCAUUUUUAUUAGAGGUGAUCGAGUAUGUUCAGUACUUACAGGAGAAGGUCCAAAAGUAUGAAGGUUCUUAUCAAGGUUGGGGUCAAGAGCCCUCAAAGUUGAUGCCAUGGAGAAACAGUCAUUGGCGUGUUCAAAGCUUUGCCGGUCAACCUACAGGUAUAAAGAAUGGUUUGGGUCCGGUAUCACCUUUUCCUGGAAAGUUUGAUGAAAGCAGUGUUAAUCUCUCUCCAACUAUGCUUAGUGGCACCCAAACUACUAUAGAUGCUGAUCAGAGCAGGGAUAUUGUCAGCAAGACAGCAGAGAGGCAACCUGAUUUAGCGAGCAAGGGAAUACCUCUGCCCGUUGCUAUGCCUAUGCAUGCAAACAUGUCUGUUCCUGUCAGAAGUGAUGGUGUACUUGCACAUCCUCUUCAGGGAACUGUUUCUGAUGCACAAUCAACUGAAUGCCCAACAACUAGUGAACCACAGAACCAGCAGGAUGAACUCACGGUUGAAGGAGGGACAAUUAGCAUCUCUAGUGCAUACUCCCAAGGGUUGUUGAAUAAUUUAACUCAGGCGCUACAAAGUGCUGGUUUAGAUUUGUCACAGGCUAGCAUCUCAGUUCAGAUUAAUCUUGGGAAACGAGCAAACAAAGGAUUGAACUGUGGGACCUCUUCUCCCAAGAAUCAUGACAACCCUUCUUCAAACAAUCAAACACUUGCACAUUUUAGAGAUACAGGUAGUGGAGAAGACUCGGAUCAAGCACAAAAACGAAUGAAAACAUAUAAAUGAUAUAUGUGGUCUUUUCAUGAGCAUCCACUUGCAUCCAGAUUUCUCACGUGUUAGUGGCUCAGAACAUCCCUUGUGGUUACUGUACAUCCUUCCCCAUUUGUUUGACUUUUAAUGGUUAUUUUAAAACUACAAAAAACUUGAACAUGAUCAUUUGUGGAGAUAUUGAGGCUUCUCUGUAGUGGGCAUUCCAUCUAUUUCGCUUGUAUGAUACAUAUUAUAAUCAUAAUUAUUCAGUAUCAUUGAGCUUUUGUUUGGCAA